GCAAUGUGGCGAUUCAAUGGAAUUCGAGCCUUUUUUAUCUUUGUUCAAUUGUAAUUUUUGUAAAAAGUACAUUUUUCUUCAUAUACAUUCCUAUAUCGAUUAAAUUCAGAAGUUUUUUCUACAUUUGUGGUAUCCAACCAAGGAAUAAACACUGAUUUUCUGUGUAUGAUAUUAAUUCCCGGAAAAUCCCGAUGUUAAUUAAACUACAAAAGCCCGAAACUGUUUUUUAGCCAGUUAAAUUAUAUACGUGGUUGUGCUCUGACGAUAAAUUGUUUAUAAUAAAUAAUAAUGACAAUUUUCUUUGGCGUAUUAUUCUAAAUUAUCUAUGAACACAAAAAUGGUUUUAUCUCUACUAAUUCGGAUAACUCCAAAAAAAAUCAUCUUGAAAAGUAGAUGAAAAUGGAAAUCGAAACCGAUCUCAGAGAACAAAUAUUUCACAAUACUGUGCGUGAAAAUAUUAUAUUCCUGCUAUUGUUCAUCAUUUUAUAUAUUUCAAGUUACAUCUUAAUAGCAAAGUUUCAUCGAAAGGAUCGUGAAACUUUUUGUUCGGUCGACGAUGAUGAUGUUACAGUAUACAGAAUUAGCCUUUGGCUUUGUACAACUUCGAUGGCAGUUUCAAUUGGAGCAGCUUUAUUAUUGCCUGUUUCGAUCGUAAGCAAUGAAGUUCUCAUUAUCUACCCUAACAGUUAUUACGUCAAAUGGCUAAAUAGCUCUCUCAUACAAGGUCUAUGGAACCAUGUAUUCCUCUUCUCUAACUUAUCAUUGUUUGUUUUUUUACCAUUUGCCUAUUUAUUCACUGAAUCAGAAGGAUUUGUUGGCUACAAGAAGGGUGUUUUAGCAAGAGUUCAUGAAACUCUAGUUGUACUUUGUCUAAUAGGAAUUCUGAUUUUGGGAAUAAUAUAUGUUCUAGCAGCCUUAAUAGAUUACCAGAGAUCGAGUUUUAUUACUAUGCUCAAUUUAUGGAAUUAUUAUUUAACGUUUCUAUAUUCCUGUGUUUCUUUUGUUGGAGUAGUAAUGUUAUUAGUAUGUACACCAGUAGGAUUUAUCAGACUCUACGAUGUAGUAGGCUCUUUACUUAUAAAACCUCACUUUCUCAAAAAUUUAGAUGAAGAAUAUUUUAUUUAUAAAUUAGAAGAAGAUUGUAUUAAAAGGAGGUUAGAGCAUGCUAAAACUUCGGGUAAAUCUUAUGUUUCACCAAGUCCAAUGUCUUUACCACGUUCUAACUCAUCCUGCAAUGAUGAACAACAGCUGAUUUGGAAUUCGAAUUUUAUGUGUUUAAAAAAUGGAGCACUUCAACGUGAGCUUGUAGAAAGACUAAUGAAUGUUCAAAAGCGGAGACAAAUCUUAGAUCAACAACGAAAAAUUUGGUGGGUUCGACGGACACUAAUGUACCCAGCUGCAAUGUUAACUCUCAUUGCGUUAUCUACGACUACUGCAUUACUAGCUUUACAAAAUACUUUGGAGUUACUCAUCGGAAUAAAAGCUCUGCCUUUGAGUACACGGCAAUUCACGCUUGGAAUCAGCUCAUUAUCCAAGUUGGGUCCAAUUGGUGCUGGUAUAGAAGUGAUAGUGAUUCUUUACUUAGCUACCACAAGUGCUAUUGGUCUUUAUGGAUUGCCAGGAAUUAGAAGAGUGAAGCCGUGCUUACAUGCAACACCUUUUACAAAUUUAAUUGCAAACUGUGCAAUUUUUUUAGUCCUUAGCUCUGCGUUACCGCUCUUAUCACGAAUUUUAGGUAUGACAAAUUUCGAUUUAUUAGGAGAUUUUGGAAAAAUCGAAUGGCUCGGAAAUUUUAAAUUAGUUUUAUUUUAUAAUUUGACGUUUGCGACGGCUGUAAUCACAUGUCUGACAACCAAAUUCACUGCAGCUGUCAGAAAUGAACUGUAUAUGAGAAUACGAAACAGCAUAAAAGGAUUAUUCAAAUUAAAAGACACAUGAAAAAAUUUAAGUUUUUUGAUACGAAUCGAAUAAAUGUUCUGUCAUGACAGAGAAAAUAGAUAACAAUAAAAAUUUAGAUAAAUAUAUAUAUAUAUAAAUAAAUAUUUUGUUUAAUAUGUACGUUGAAAUAUUUAUAGUUUGAUAUUCAAUACAAUAAUGCGCUAG